UUACUUUUAUAUAUAUAGAGGUAAUUUAGGUGUUAGACCUACGAGGGUAAUUCAAUAAAUUCACGUCUGAGACGCAGUACUAAAGUGGUUCACAUGAUAGCAAUACAUACAAUAAAUGAUUCCACGUAUGACUCCAUGACCCAUUGACCAAUGACCAUAAACCUAUUAUAUAUAAAUUGAGCGUUUCCACGAGAAGUAGCGCUGAAGCAACCUAGAAACUGCACUCUCUCUCGAGUCUCGGGUAUAUUUCUCUCUUCUUUGUCUUCUUCUUGCACAAGUAUCACAUGGAGGAUGCAAGCAAAAAGAGAAAAUACUGCCUUCAUCAUGAUGACGACGUUGAGGAAGAUGACGAACAAAAAAUGGAAAAGUUUUUUGCGCUCAUCAGGAAUAUCCAAGAGGCUCGUGAUCAGCGUGUGAGAUCGAAUGGCCCAGAUGUAAUAAAGGGAUCGAUAGACCACAAGAGAUCAAAGAUGAAUAAAGUCAUCGAGGAAGAGAAGAAGAUCAAGAUCGUCACUGAAGUUUGGAAGCCGUCCUUCGAACCCGAAGACUUCAUGGAAAAGGUGGCCGGAGCUCAGCUCAAAACAGUUCUGGUUCUUCUCAAAUUCAAGAAACUGAUCAGGAAAAAGAAAAAGAAGAAGAAGAAAAAGGUUUACUAGACCUAAAGCUCUCACUUUAGUGUGUACUUCCCACAAGUACUCAUGCAAAGAAGAUCAGAUAAAACCCUAGCUUCUGUUUAUAUAUGUUACUGAAGUUGUUAAUUAGCUAGAUCUAUGUAUAAUCAUGGGAGAUCAUGAGAUCUAGGGAAAUUUAAAGCUAAGUACCAAGCUAGCUGUGCCAUUCUAGCUAUCACUUCAAUUAGGAACUGAGUUCUUAGCAGCUAGAAAUCAUGAAUAAUGCAAAAAAACAGUGUAAUAUCUCAAGUUUUAACAGUUAAUUAUGCUCAUUUUAUACUAA